AUGACGAUGGUGAAGAAGCCGGGAGGAUGGAAGCAGAGACUGUGGAAGGGAGACAAGUUGGAGCUGCUGCUGUUUGGGAUUCCAAGGGACAUGACGAGGAUAGAGUUCAAGAACUGUUGUGACAGGGAGGGACUGCACUGCCUAGCAAGGGGACAAGUAGGCAGAGAACAUGAACACUUCCGGGUGAAAUUGAAUAAGGGACACAGCCAAGAGUGCUUGGGGGUUGAUAUCGAGAAGCUGUCGAACUACGUAAGGAAGUUUGGAUGGAGGGUUUGCAUCGCGAACAUGAUAGAAACAUGGAAGGUAAGGAGACAAGAGACGAGGGCCACGGAGGCGAAGAAAGGACCGACCGGGGGAGGCGAACAGGCAAGUCAGAAGAACGCCGAGAAGAAGCCGAAGGCGAACGAUAGAGUGCGCAAAAUCUCCAAUAGGGAAAAGCACAAGCUGAGAGUCGGGUCGUGGAACGUGUGCGGGGAGAAUUANCAACUGUCCAAAUACGGGAUCAAGGGGAAAAUGUGGAGAAUGCUGAAGACGACGACAGAAUGUACGACAAGCGCGGUCAUGUUAGACGGAGAACUGUCUCAAUUCUUCGACAUUGAGCAGGGGGUCCCACAAGGUUGCACGCUGUCCUCAACAUUGUUCCAGGUGUUCGUUAACGAUCUGUCGGAAGUCGUAGAGGCAGGCCGGCAGGGCGUAAAAGUAGGGGACACGGAAACAUCGGUUUCAGGAAUGCUGUUUGCGGAUGAUUUUGUCGGUAUGUCGGACACCCCUGAGGGACUGCAACUGCAAAUUGACGCGGCGAAGAAGUUUACUGAUAAGUGGAGAUUGUCUGCCAACGUUCAGAAGAGUGCCGUCAUGNAGGGUAAAGCACGAGCAGGGAAGCUGCACCCAAGACUCGCAAACCGGCACCUCGAUACAGACAUCAAAUUGACGGUUUUAAAGAGCGUAAUUGUACCGCCGCUAGAGUACGCCGGAGAAGUAUGGGAAGGAAAUAAGAAGGUAGUGAAAG